AGUUUCUGCAGGAGGCUGCAGCUCCUUCACUCCAGGAUCUCCUCUGUUCCGAUGACCAGAUAUGAUCAACCCACUCCCCAGUCAAACCAUUUUACUUUGAGCUGGGAUCUCUUUAUUUGUUUGCAUGGAUGAUAAAAGCCUCCCGCAUAUUCAUGGAUUUGUCAUACCACAACUAAUUUGACUAUAAAAGAAAAGACAGAAAAGGGGGACUCAAAGUGGUUUCUGCGGUUUUUUUUAGGUUUGUGGAAGCAGCAGUUUAGUCUGCCUUGGACAUGGGACCGUGCGUCACCCGAGAGGAAUCCGGUGCCGGAGAAAGAACAUCUUCCUGAAGGAGGAAAAACCCGUGUGCGGGAGUUUUUCGUUUCAUUUUUUUGCUACCGGGGAGGGGGAGCUGUGGGUUUUACGCGCCGGAAUGAUGCGUCCCAACCACGGCUUCAUCCUGCUCCUUCUAAACGGAACAGCUUGUUUGGUGGCCCUGGGUCAGGAAGACGACUCUUCCAGCACCAAUAGCUUUUCAGACGACUCCUCCAAGACGGUGGGCCUCCUGAGUGGGCAGGCCCCCCUGUCGCCCCUGAGCCGCUGGAUGCUCCAGAGUAAGAGCAGAGCUGCUAACACCACCUCUCUGGAGCUGCCCUACCGCACCCCCAUCCCUUUCUCCAAGCAGGAGUUUUCUAAACAGGAAUUCUGGGAGAUGUUGGGGAGCGACCUGCUCAAACCCGACUCCUCCAGCUCCAGGGUCAAACGUCGGCCCAUCGUUAAGACCGGGAAGUUCAAGAAGAUGUUUGGCUGGGGAGACUUCUAUUCCAACAUCAAGACGGUGAGGCUUAACCUGCUAAUCACCGGCAAGAUCGUGGACCACGGUAACGGCACGUUCAGCGUCUACUUCCGUCACAACUCCACGGGCCAGGGCAACAUCUCAGUCAGCCUGGUGCCACCUGUCAAGGCGGUGGAGUUUGACCUGGAGCGCCAGAGCGUAGUCUACCCCAAGGACUCAAAGAUCUUCAACUGCCGCGUGGACUAUGAAAAAGUGGAUCGCAGCAAGCGCACCUCGCUGUGCAACUACGACCCGUCCAAGACCUGCUUUCAGGAGCAGAUUCAGAGCCACGUGUCCUGGAUUUGCUCCAAGCCUUUCAAGGUCAUCUGUAUCUACAUUUCCUUCUACAGUACGGACUACCGCCUGGUCCAAAAAGUCUGCCCGGACUAUAACUAUCACAAUGAGAUGCCCUACCUGCCCUCGGGCUAGAAGACUCUCAGGGGGGAGGAGAGGUGGGAGGGGAGAGGUACAAGGGGGUGAGUAGGAGUGACUGCAAAAACGAGGAGGAAACCGGGGCUGUGAAUCAUCCUCAAUGCCAUUGUGGCAGCAAGACACCUUCAAAAAAAGCUCUGAAUAUUGUAAGAUGUAUUUAACAUAUAUGCAAAACAAAAAGUACAGUAUGCAGAUAAUGAGGACAUUUGGAAUGUGGAAGUGCAGCAUUCAUUAACUGGACUGGUAUCGAAAAUCAAACGCGCACUUUCUUACUUCUUUCCAGUUUCUAAAUGCCAACUUGUCUCUCGCCAGCUAAUUCUCUCUCCCAUGAAGUCAUUGGUGAAUGUUGUCUGAAUGUCCUUUCAAUCACCCUUUACUACAUUGCUCUUCUGCAAAGUCACAAGGCAGCAUUUCCAGAGAACACUUGCAUAUAAAUCCUUUGAUAUGAUUCACUGGAGAGUUGUAUACAAAUGCAGACUUUAUGACAAACAUCAUACUGUACAGUGUUUAUCAUCGCACACUGUACAUGAUUUAAACCCAGAGGGAACACACAGAGUUGUAUUUCAGAUGAAUGUAAAGCGUAAGCACCCACUGGAUCAUUGCGGUGACACUAUAGAACAUCUUUUUAAAGGGCAUAUUUUUUUGUGACAUUUAAGUCCGUCCCAAAAAAAGUUCUUAUUCUUACCCAUUUCCUCACCCCACUGUCCCCAUCCCACCAUCCCAUUGUCAAUGCAGGGUUUUUGUUUGCAGUCUGCCAAACGUAAUCACAAUAUAUCUCUCAGUAAUGCCACCUCCAUUUCAAUAAAGGAGGGAGAGAAAAAUAAUAAAAAUGUGCAAGAAAAAGCAAUUGCUCAACAAAGAUCCAGGGCCAGGGCUUAAGACAAGUUCAGUGCGAGGAAAAUAACUAGAUUCUGCAUAGAGAUAGAAUUGGCCCUCUACACUUAAGAGAGAGAGGGGGGUGGGGAGUGAGAGAGGGAGAGAUUCAGUGAGCUGUUUUAAUUAAAGUGGAGAAGAAGACUUGGAGUAUGCAUCUGCUUCUAUUGUCCCCUCUGUAUGAAAAAGAUUACAUUUUGUUGCCGUCAGGAUUCCUGAUUUCACGCCUUGAUAACUUUGACUGUGUAAGGCAGAUUGCUCUCUCCCGACAAAUUCUGUGUUCUCUAAAGUCUGCCUGUUAUCUUGAAUAAAUGAAAAUAUUAUCAUAA